CCCGGGCCACAGAGCGGCGGGGCGGGACGGAACGGAGCGGCGUCAUGGCGGAGGCCGCCAUCCUGCGGGUGCGGCACUGCGGCGCCGCCAUCUUCUGCCGCCGGGCGCCGCCGCGCUGCCCCGCCUGCGGCUGCCCUCUGCGCGGCGCCGGGCUGCCCGCCGCCCCCGUCCGCGUCCCCAGCCCCUUCCGCCGGGGACACCGUCAGCCCUGCGCCUUCCUCCUCCGGCCCUCCGCCGGCACCUUCCUCGGAGGAUACGACGGGAAAUCCGACCUUCACGUUGGAAUAACCAAUACGAAUGGUGUGGUGUAUAAUUACAAUGAAGAGGGCAUUCACAGAUCUGAAAGUGGAUGGGAACAGUGCCUUAGUAUCCCACUAGUACAGCCAGACAUGUUUGGGCUGCUUCAGCAGUGGGAUAAGCUCCUAGAGGACUUUUCUGUGGGAGAGGCCUGGCUUCCUCACAGGUAUGAAGAACAUGACCACAACUGCUACACAUACGCACUGGCGUUCAUUAACAGUGUACUGACCGCACAAGGAAAACGGCAAAUGAGUAAAAGUGAAUUUACAGAGAAGUUUGUGAUCCCACAGACAAAGAAGGCUUCCAAAUACAUCACUCUGCAUCAGGAGCUAACAGCUAAUGAUUUCUACAUUGUACCCCUGUCCGAUCAAGAAAAACAGUGCUGAAAAUGACAAGUUGCUGUAUUAAAACGUCUACAAAAUGCAAGAGGAGAAGGAAGGCUUAAGACUUCAAAUCUCAGGGUUUAAGAUGCACGAUCUACUUCGGGUCUUGAAAAACACAAUUCAUGCUAUAUGUUAACCUGCACAUCAUGGAAGGAUUGGGAAAUGGAAGUUGUGCAUUGGAGUGAAAUAGCAAACAUACACUACAUUUCUAUGUAAAAUUUCUGUGGGAACAGUUCACAUGGAAAAAUGUUUUCCUGUUUGCAUUCACUAUAUGCUCUGUUCUGCCGAGACACUUAAUACCAGAAAUUGUAAAUGCUGUGUAAUUAACCCUUUUUUAACAAAUGAACUGGGGUAACUUAAGAUGUAGCAAACCAAAAUGUUUUUUUUCCUGUCACAUUUGUUUACGCUUGGGUGAAAAAAGGGGAAUUUGUGCUUCCAUGAUGCUGAAGUUCAAAGUCCAUGACAAUGCGGAUUCACUACAUGCAAAAUUAUUUUCCUUUAUUUUAAUUACUAAUAAAUAUAAAAACAAAUAAAUCCA